UGGAGUGGCGUGUGUAGAGGUAGUUCCUUGUCCAAUUCUACUCCUUUUUAUAAGUUCCUGGAUGACAGCAGGAGGAUCAAGAUGUCGGUCAAGAGAUAUCUAACCCCCGAACAGUUAGUGGGGUUUGAAAAUUAUAAGUAUAGUGCUCAAGAUACCAGUCCUCUCAGCAAUUAUGUUAUGCACCCGUUUUGGAACACUGUAGUGAAGAUAUGUCCACGGUGGAUAGCGCCUAAUGUCCUCACAUUUGUGGGUUUCCUGUUUACGGUCGCCAACUUUGUCCUGUUAUCCUUUUACGACUACAGUUAUUAUGCAUCUAGCGUUGACAUACCUCCUGGCACUGGCCCAUACCCACCUGUGCCUAACUGGGUUUGGAUAGUCUGUGCUCUCAAUCACUUUCUGGCACAUACUUUAGAUGGGAUAGAUGGAAAGCAGGCACGAAGGACUGGCACGAGUGGGCCAUUGGGAGAGUUGUUUGACCAUGGCCUGGACUCCUGGACCACUUUCUUCAUCCCGGCCUGCAUCUGGUCCAUUUUCGGCAGGACAGACUAUAGCAUUAGCCCACUCAGGUUCUAUUUCAUUUUGUGGAAUGUACUGUCCUGUUUCUACACCUCUCACUGGGAGAAAUACCUUACCAAGAUACUGUUUCUGCCGUGGGGCUACGAUAUAUCACAGGCUCUAAUCUUCGCCAUAUACUUGGUAACGGGAAUAUGGGGCCAGCAAAUAUGGAAGUUCGAGAUAGUACUGGGAAUUUCUUCAGGGGCCAUGUUUGAGUUCAUGAUGUAUGCAGGGUCACUGGGCACCUCACUUCCAAUGUCGUUUUGGAAUGUUUAUAAGUCAUACAGAGAUGAGACUGGGAAGAUGCUUGGGUUCUGGGAGGCUGUACGGCCCUUAAUCACACCUUUGAUAUUUUUCGCUUUGUCGACAAUCUGGGUGUAUCAGUCUCCCACCAAUAUCAUUGAAAGAGAUCCAAGAAUGGUCCUGUUCAUGGUCGGCACAAUCUUCGCUAAUGUCAAUUGCCGGCUGAUUGUCUCCCAGAUGAGUAGCACAAGAUGCGAGCUCUUGAAUUGGCUGUUGUUGCCACUUGCUAUAGCUGUGGGGAUUGCAAUCACAUUUCCCACUCUGGAGUUGGCAACACUCCUGAUCAUGGGCAGCAUUGCAACCGUUGCACACAUCCACUAUGGUGUCUAUGUGGUUCGUCAGAUGUGCGAUCACUUCCAUAUCAAGUGCUUCAGCAUCAAAGACAGGUCCGAAUGAUUGCUUGCCAACAGUGCAUAAGGAUUCUGCAGACAGUUGCCCUCUCAGUCAUAGCAUAAGUGGCGAUUAUGUUGAUGGCAACCCAUACUCAUUUGUUCACAAUGUGUGGAGUCGGUGCAUAUCAGAUAAGUCCUCCAAAUGACUUGCAUAUGUGGAAAUAAGGAUACACGAACAAAUACUUCUCUCUCUCUUUUUUUUUUUUUUUUUUCUUUUUCUUUUUUCUUUUUUUUUUUCUUUUUUUUUUGUCAAGGGAUUGAUUUUAUUUUUUGAAUAUGAAGGAAGAGGAGAGGAGAACACACAGUUCCUCUGGGCUAGUUCAAAGUAUUGGGAUGAAGAUUGAAUGAUUGUGAUAGAAUUCAUUGAGGUACAGACAUGUUGACAAUAUAACUCACUUUUAUCUAUAAAAGGCAAAAAGAAUGCUCAACUUGUAGAUGAGUAAUAUCAAAUUAUACUAACAUAGGUGAGGGAUGGACGUGUUAUAUCUCAUGACAUCCAUUAAAACUUCAAGGUUAAUAUUCAUGAGAGUAGACUGGUAAAUGCCAGAAAUACCUGAUGAAGAAGACAAUAAGUACCUUAGAUAGUAACUUAAAAGCAAACAAAAAACUAUUUAUUGUUACAUCUCCUUUAUAGAAUAGUACUGCAUAGAGUUCAUGGACUGACGGCAAUGAUUCAACAUUAUUAACAUUAAUUGGCUUGCUUACUAGUGUGCUCUAGUGACAGAUGCUCGAACUCAGCCUCCCUAACACUGCUUUUUCUCCCUCACUCACUCCCAUCUUCCCUUCCGUAACUCCCUACCUUUCUCCCUCCAUUCUCCUCCCUUUCCUUUCCCAUCCUUCAUUCUCUCCCAGUUCUCUCAUCACUCCCUCCCACUUGUAACCUCUGUCCACUCUUGACCUUCCCAUUUUCUAUUUUUCCUCCCUCCCAUCCCUUCCAGCUUCUUAUCCUGAGGAACACACCUGUUAUGUAGACGUAGAAAAGGUAUUCAGGUCACAUAGUACCGGUUGUGAUGAGGGGGAACUCUAUACCUCUCCUCAUCAUGUGUUGCUUUGUGCCUUGAGUUUUGUGUCUUGCAGAUUAUUGGAUGAUUUAAAGUGCAAUACUUCACGAAUUUAUGGUUAUAGAUGUUCCUUUUUUGACAUGUUGAGAAAAAGGGUAAAAAAGGAGGUAGUCCAGAUAACAGUGAUAAUUAUUUAUUGAUUCCAUUUGAUUUUUUUGUCUUCCUUUCGAGUUCACUUAUUUCAUUUCAUGUACUCACAUUUGUAUGUACUAUCCCUGCAUGAUUAUAGCACAGACAUGUAAUCAUACAUAUAGACACAGAGUAAACUAAUAUCUUCUGUAUUGUUGCUAAAACUUUCCCCUACAUUAUUUUCUUUUCAAUUUAACUUUUUUUUUUUUUCAGUAGCCUUUUGAACACUAGUCUAUCUAUGUAUAUCACUCCAUCCAUCCAUAUCUAUAUCUGUCUACCUCCACAUGUCCUUUCUUCUUUCUUCUAUUAAUUUUUCUGAUUAAAAAAAAAAUUUGUUUUGAUGUACAAAGUUUCUAUACUUUGACUGUUGACGUAACUCCCAUAGACAUUUUAUUUAUUUGUUAAUUCAUAUUUCAACCAAAUUUAAGAUUCUUAUUUCAUAAAACAUACUCUUUACUACAAGGAGGUUAUUUUCACCAUGUAAUUACGUUACAGUAGUUUAUUUUAUUGUGAAAAAAUUUAUUGAAUAUAAUGUAAUGAAGGAAGUAUUAAUAUUGGUAAUAGUGUGCAGUAUUUAAAGUAGUGCUGUGGAUGCUGAUGGUAUGGAUCAGCAGAUUACAAUAUGGAGCUUUUUAAUUGUAUCUUUUUGUUGAAUUGUGUUAAGAUUUUUUAUCCAUGCCAUCAUGAAAUGGGAGGUCUUAAUUAGUACAAUCAAUAGGUGUACAUUUUUCAGGUAAAUGUUGCCAAGAUAUUGUUGUUGUUUAUGUUACAGGGUAUAGAGGCAGUUGUUAACUGUGCAGCUCUUGUAAAACAUAAAUGGAUAUCAUACCUUUUUCAACUGAAUGCUGAGACAGUAGGUUUACUAGCCAGAAUUGACAACCAUGACUAUAGUUAACAUAUGAGAUUACCAAAAACUGUAAGGUUAGGUAUAUAAAUAGUUCUGCAACUUAGGACAACAUUAUUGCAAAUCACCACAUCAGCCACCAAGUAUUAGAGUGGGGGCUGGCUGUCUGGCGUUGACACCAGCUUUGUCUUACACCAAUUGCCUGUUCUUUACUAGCAGCUACUUCAGACUUCGCUAAUUCGCGGAAGAUCUUGCGCGAAUCUUUUAUGGUAAUGAUUGGAGAAAAGAUCAGAUAGCCUCUUUGAGAUUGGUUAGCAGUAAUAGUCUUGUGUCUACUGCAUUGUUUGCCUGUAUGAUGGUACUGGGUUAAUGGCAUGUACAGGAAUUCACUAUUUACAAUAAACACCCUCACUGGAACUUUA